CCGCCCCGGACUGUCCGCGUGCUGCUGUUUUCCAGAAAAGAGGAGUCUCGCGACCGACAGUUAGCUGCUGAACUCUAAACCUGUUGGAUUUAACGGAACUUUAAACGGUGUCUGCAGCUUCCGGUUGAUCGGAGGUCAAACAGGUUCAUUAUGGAGGAGCUUCAUGACGUCCAGCUGACUGAGAUCAAGCCCCUGCUCACAGGACAGAAUGGGAGUAAUCUGCAGGACUUUGACUGUCAGGAACACGACGUGGAGACGGCCCACGGUGUGCUGCACGUUACCAUGAGGGGCGUCGCCAAGGGCAACCGACCCACAAUCCUCACCUACCACGACAUCGGACUCAACCAUAAAUCUUGUUUCAACACCCUGUUUAACUACGAGGACAUGCAGGAAGUGACGCAGCACUUUUCAGUUCUGCACAUCGAUGCUCCGGGGCAGCAGGAGAACGCUCCCACCUUCCCCACCGGGUAUCAGUACCCCUCCAUGGACGAGCUGGCCGACAUGCUGCCGUCCGUCCUCACGCAGUGUCAGGUGAAGAGCGUGAUCGGUCUCGGGGUCGGGGCUGGAGCCAACGUCCUCACCAGACUAGCU